CUUGAAUCUGGAAAUGUUAGGUUGCGUCAAUCCAAAAUCUCACUCAAUUUCACCUCACCAUUCAGCCGAUCCAAGAAGAAUAAUAGAUGAUACUCCGAAUCCUAGAAGAAGAUUUGGAGCUGGACCUGGAUCAUUAAUAGGUUCAGAAUUUACUCAUUUGCAGUGUUUGAAUAUCCUGGAGUCAGUUGGUCAAUCAGUCCAUGCAUUUGAUGCAUAUGGCCGUAUUACUUACUGUGGAAAUUUGUUUCAGUUGCUUCGACGUAAGACUGCUAGAUUAGAUUCGAGGCGUCGUGCUCUCAUGGCUGUGGACAUUGCACGAGGUUUGAAUUAUCUUCAUCGUUGCAAUCCGCCAAUAAUCCACCGCGAUUUGAAGUCAUCAAACUUGUUGGUUGAUAAGAACUGGAACGUGAAGGUUGGUGAUUUUGGUCUCUCCCGCUACAAAAACGGGGAAAGGGAUGCCACAGUGGAAGGCUCCGGAGGUUAUCCGUAAUGAGCCCUCAGAUGAGAACUUUGGAGUAGUGGUGUGGGAACUUGCCACACAGAGGAUCCAUUGGGAGACGC